AUGGCGUCACAGGGGCGCCGGCGGCGGUUGGAGGCUCGGAUGGAGCCCGAGCAGGAGCGGCUGAGGCGGCAGAUCCGCCUGCUUCAAGGCCUCAUCAAUGACCACAAAAACGCCCACGGGAAUGCACCGGUUCCUCCUCCGCCUGCUUCGCUCUCCAGGUGGAGAAAUCCUAAACUUCCCGCCUUCCAGAGCCAAACUGCCUUCAGCGGCAGGUACGGCCAGCAGCCCUCCCGAGAUUUCUCGUCCGGCCCGGCCAACGCGACAACCUGGAGGAAGAAAUACUCUCUUGUCAACGCGCCGCCUAGUGCUUCCUGGUCCUCCCAGAGCCACGCCAGCAGGGAGGCUCCUGAGCCACAGCUGAUGCUUUCGGAAGCCGCGGCGGCCGUCUCCAGCGCGAAGGCGAAGGCCAGGCUGCCAGCCGGCUCCGUGGCGGGCGAUGCUGCCGGCUCCGGGUUCCAGCCGGGCUUUUCAGGAUCGAGAAAGGGACCGUUGGCUUCCAGGGGAAAACUACCCACAACUCCUUGGCCUUUAAAUGCGGACCCGAGUCGGAACAAGGAGAUGUGUGCUUCCACUCUGUCCCCCUUGCCUCGUUGCAAAACCCCGGCGACGGGUGGAAGUAACCGACCGGCGGCGGGUCAGAAGAAGCCUGUGGGGAGGAGUGAGCUGACCGCCAGUUUAGGCAGGACUAUCAGCGAGAGUGCCAUUGCGCUGAAAUCCGAGCCUCGGCGCUCUCUAGCCGCACCCGAGCAGGGAUCAGGAUCUCUCCCAAUCUGGAAGAAACCAUCACUCCAGGGUUCACACCUGUGUGGUUCACACCGCCAGCCCUCCCCGGCAGGGACCGUCAAGCUGAGCCCCGCCAGGAGCGCGGAUCUGUCUGCCGGCUGUGCCCGUUUGGGCGAGGAAGCGUCUUCCAGCACCGGGAGGAGUCUCCCCCCAAACAGGCCCGCUGUAUUUCUGGUCCAGAAGUCUUCUUCCUUGCCGGCCUCCGUCCGGUCCUCCCGGUUCAAGAGAGCCAACUACACCUGGGUGGCGAAUCCCAGCAAGUCCCCCCGAAGCGUGAGGAGGUGGGCCGUAUCCAGGGCCUCCGAAAGCAACCCCAAGCCUGCCGCCUGCGCCCCGGCGGCGUCCCCCAAAGCGCAGUCGAGGGGAGCGAAUCUAGACUUGGGGGCCAAGCCAAAGAAACCGAGCCCCCAUUCAAAGCUGGCGGUUUCCUCCAGCCAGUACAAGUGGAAAGCGGCGAGUGCGAAGUCUGCUCCCCCUCCUUCCACGUCCGCCUCGGUGUUCACGUGGAAGCGCAAGGAAGGGGUCGGGCCUGGCGAUGCCCCCGGCACGGGCGCCGCCAGCACGUCGCUCCAAGCUCUGAGGCGUGUCCCGCUCGCACACGGCCAUCUUGCCCAGGGCAGCUCGAGAGCCUUCUUUGGAACUACCAGCUUUUUCAAUUACAAGUUGAGGAGUUGGCCUAAAAUCAUUAAGAGGAAAGGAAGCGCCGGCUCUCCCACCCUGCUCCUGAAGAGCCGUUACUGCCUCCGGAAACGUCACGCCACGCGGGGAAGGUCCUCCCCCACCGCCCGCCGAACCGGGACCAAAGGCCUGGUGCAAAUCGGCAAACAUAGGUUGCGCCGGCUGCCGGCCUCCCGUGUUCCUGGUUCGCCCAAAGAAGGUUCCAGCUUCCUCCUGGUCACCAGCCCAGCCUCCCACCGAGUGGUCAACACACGCUACAGGCUGGUGAAGAAGUCGGCGGGGUCUCCCUUGAUUUCUGCAGCCCCCGGGGCCGGGCCGGCUCACGGUUGGAAGGCCAGGAGACUUUCAUUGUCCAGGUCUCUCACGUCCAAUUCCCCCCGUCACUCUUCGCCCGGGAACAAGUCUCCGGCUGUGCAGCACCGAUGGAGAAACAAAGGACUGCGCUGUAUCGAAGGGGUCAUGUACCGGGUGUCGGCUAACAAGCUUUCCAAAACAUCCAGCCCUCCCGGCAGGAGCAUGGAGGUGGCGACCAGGAGCCAAGCCAGAGGAGAGCGUUAA